GCAGAUUUUUGCUUCUCUUUUCCUGCUUUCUUUUGCUGUCUCUAUGUCAUUUUUCAUUUUCUCUACUCAAUCCCCAGUUCACCUGUAACAACAUGUCUCUACUAUCGCUGCCUGAGGACCCAGGCAACUUGUCCGAUUCUGGAGAACACAAUGCUUUGGCCCAACCCAUGUUUCCCCACACUCGAGCCCAACUGUCGGCCUUGUCGCGCCAGUCCAAACCCAUUGAUGGAUUUGAGAGUGAUAUCGACGGUGACGAGAUUAGCCGAGUCUCAUCAUCGUUUGUGAAUCAGGUCGUGGCCCUGCUGGUUGAGGAACGCGAAGAUGAGCUCAAGGCGCUUCUGAAGGAAUCCUUUGGCCUGGAUGAUGACACUGUGGAGCAAGGUGUCUUGGACCUUAUGCAUAAACACCGGGACGACGUCGCAGGUGUUCCAUUUCUCUUUCUGACCCCCAUCCGUCGUCCUAUUUCGAGACCGUCAUCAAGGGCGUCUACAGCGUCGAGCCGCCUACAUCAAGCUCGUCCAGAGACACCGUUGUCGGCGCCCAGCUCACCACGAGCCCUUGUAUUUCGCCGACCGCACACGCCACUUGCCUCUCCACUUGCCGUCGGUCAGGCGUCGUCUUACAUGUCGGCGCGCGGCAGUGACUACUCGCCUUCGUCGUCGCCCAUUCUCUCACAUGCACAGGCGACACAUGCACAUGCACAGUUCACAGCGAGCUUACCAGCCUCGCCGUUGUCGUCGCCGCGCCUGCUAAAUGCCAAAGCCUCCGAGUUCAAGCCCAUUCAACGACCGCUCUCUGCGGCAUCAUCCAAUCCAGGCCCUUUACGUGCAGAUACCCCAUCGCCAGAUCUCUGGUCGCACAGUCCGUUCAGAGCCACGUCUAAUCUCGCCAUCGCGGCCCCUCUUCUUCCCGAACAACCUCUGCUUACACGCUCGCUUACGCCCAGUUCCUCUCUCCGUUCUCCUCUCUUCCCUGAUGAACACGAUAGCGAUGAUGAAGAUCCUUUUGACCCAUUUUCUCAGAAACCUGUUCCAUCUUUCAAUACUUUCCAUACCUCGGAUUUUGAUGCUCAGUGGUCCGGAUCGUCUAAUUCCUCAAUGUCCCCUGAAGAUCCUAGAGUUGGGGAGAUGCACAGUCAAUUUCAAACCUCGUAUGCUUCGUACGAAUCGUUGCUCUCUGAAGACCCUCAAGAGGAGGACCCAGAUGCCGAGGCCGAAGCUGCUGCAGUGCUCACCGACGGAAUGACGCCAUUUGACGUCCUUAGUUCUGUUUUUGGUUCUACUCUUGCACCUUCCGAGUUGGAGGAGGCACUCGCUGCCAAUGCAUACGACUUUGAGCGUGCGAUGGCUUGGCUCGUUGACCGAGCUUUGCCGUCCGUACCUCAGAACCCUCAAGUUCGUAUGCAGAACAUGGGUGGUCGAGUUACCCUUGUCUCUAGGGACGCUAUACAUGGUCGAGGCGGUUUUCAAAUCCAAAAUGCGCGGCCUGCACCUAGAUACGUCAAUGGACGGCCCGUUCAAGGAGGGAAUAGAGUCUGCCGGUAUUUCGUUGCUGGCGAAUGCCUUCGGGCGGACUGCAGAUUCAGUCAUGACUUAGAGCGUGCCCUUUGCCGUUUUUGGCUUCGGGGAACCUGCGCAAAACAGGAUAGCUGCGAAUUUUUGCACCAUUUACCUAAGGACGUUGAUAUAACGAGUCUGAAUAUUGCCAUGUCCCGUGCUAAUGUAAUGCCGGGCACUGGGCCACUUGCUACCCAUACGGCUGGACUAGAAGAUUUCCCCGUCUUGGGCUAUGAAAAUGGCAAAGGUAGACGAGGAGGAUACGUCGACAGAGCAUACGAUCCCGGGCGAACGAGAUUCGCCGCAGCCGUCAAGAAACCGGUUCCUGCAAUUCAUACUGAUAGCCCUGCCCGUCGUGAAGCUAUGGGCAGUUCAGCCGACAGCCUUCAUACUCGAUCGGCGAUUGUCGCACCCAAACCGUCGCCGCGACUCAAGCUCCGUCCUCCAGCGCUUCUACCCACACUCCCUACGGGCGAAUCGGUGAAUUCCUUGUACAUGGCAUACCGUGCUCGCGCUUUGCAACUUGGUGCAGCCCGAAAUGCGUGCUUGUCUCGUGCCGCGGACGCCUGGAGGCGAGGAGAUGGCGCUGCAGCGAAGAGGUUCAGUAGGGAAGGACAUGAUUUGAACAGUAAGAUGAGUGCAGAGAUGGCGUCAGCUGCCGGUCACCUUGUUCGCGAACGUGCAACGCUGGCUGAGCAAGCUGUUAGGAACAGGGAUGCGAGCUGGUCAGACGACCCUGGCGAUCGAACAGCUCGAGGACGUGUCUGCGGUGGAGGUUAUGGUGUGAUCUUGGGAAUCGCGCGAACCGAUACUGGAGACGGUAAAUUAACUUCUGAGGAGAGGACAGAGAGCAUGCUUGAUCUGCAUGGGCUGCACUCGAAUGAAGCGACUGAGGUGCUGGAAGACUUUUUACUGGCUUUGGAGGAGGAGCACUUUUAUGGUUUGGCAUACGUCAUCGUCGGCGAAGAAAAGCACACUAGUUCGCAAGAUGUGGCUCGUGGGGCAUCCAGAGCGCGACUAGCAACUGGCGUACGUGAAUGGCUUCACCGAUGGGGAUACCCUUGGAGCGAGAGAGAUGGCAUAAUAUGUGUCGACGCACUGACGCAUGCGUCUGAAUAGAAGAAAAUAAUGGGAUAGUGUAUGAGGCGUGACCAAAAGCGGUGUACAUUUAUGAUAAGGAAACUGGGACCAUUGAUACAUGUAAGUAGUGGUCGUUGAUAUGUACAUACUGAUCUUUCUGCAUAUGUUUGGAAUAUACGUUUCUUGUUGCUAAGACCAA